CAGAGCAACCAGCUCCAAGUUCAGUAGCUGAACAAUCAGCUUCAAAUGCAGCAGUAGUCAAGCCAUUGGCUCUAAGUGUGAUAGUAGUUGAGCCAUCGGCUUCAAGUGCAGAAGUGGAACAUU